UAUACUGGCUUGUCAGCGGUAUGCUUAACUUUAUCAUUGGAGGUCGUUAGUCAGUGCGUCUAACCAAUUUGAAUUGCCUCGCUGGCACUUCUAACAGUGCCUGUCAAGUCGUUUUAGUACCGUGUUGCUAUAAACUUUCCAAUGUCUGAGCAUUGAAGUAAAAUGGAAAUACCUGUAUCUGACUUCUGUUUUGGAAUUACUUGUAAGGUUGAACAACCAAUGGGGUUGGAUGGUGUGAUCUGCAAAUCAUCAAAUGAAUUCAUAUCAAAUGAUUUAAACAUUGGACUUGGAAACUACAUAAAAGCUGAAGAAUGUAAUUAUGAUAACAUUAUGGAUGACAGCCUAAUAGAUAAUAAGUUGGGAAUUUUACGAGAUAAUCAAUCGUUGUAUUUGGAGGAUAGUUUUAAACAUAAAUAUAACUCUAAUGAUGGUCACAUUGUUAAUGCUCAUAACCGUAUUAAUGGUGGUACAACUGUUAAGCGACAUCAAAUUUCAUCAGUACAAGAUUCUGAAAAGGGAGUGAAACUGUCGUGUGGUUUUUGCAACAAGACGUCUUCAACAAUUACUGGACGGGACCGUCACAUUAAAAGCAUUCACAAAAGAAUAAAAUAUUCAUGUAUUAAAUGUGACAGAAAGUUUUCAAGUAAAUUCCAUUUGAUUGAACACAAGAAAGUUAUUCAUGAAGGUAUUAAUCUUUCAUGUGAUGAAUGUGACAGGAACUUCACUACGAAAUCCCAACUAACUAGACACAUAAAAUCAAUUCAUCACGGAAUAAAAUAUCCAUGUAGUCAAUGUAACAAAAAGCUUUCUACGAAAUAUGAUUUAUAUGUACACAAAAAAGUUAUUCAUGAAGGAAUAAGACAUCCUUGUAAUCAGUGUGAUAGAAGGUUUGGAUCUAAAUCCAAAUUAAAUGAUCACAUAAAAGUUGCUCACGAAGGUAUAACUUUUCCAUGCGAUGAAUGUAGUAAAAUAUUCUCUUCGAAUGGCGCUCUUUGCAGGCAUCUACAAUCCGUUCAUCAAGGAAUAAAAUAUCCAUGUAAUCAGUGUGAUAGAUUAUAUACAUCUAGAUUUCAUUUAAAUGAACAUUUGAGAGCUAAUCAUAAAGGUGUAAAAUUUACCUGUGAUCUGUGUAACAAAGAAUUUGCUUAUAAAGUAGGCUUAGAUGAACAUAAUAAGAAUAUUCAUGAAGGAAUAAAGUAUCCAUGUGACCAAUGUAGUAAAACGUUUUCGUCCAAAUGUAUGUUAAAUAACCACGUGAAAGCUAUUCAUAAAGGAAUAAAACUCACUUGUAAACAAUGUGAUAGAAAGUUUAAUUGUAAAUCCAAUCUAAACUUACAUGUAAAGUCUGCUCAUGAAGGUAUAUUUUUCCAAUGUGAUGAGUGUGAUAAGAAGUUCACUGCGAAAUGUCCACUAAGUAGACACAUACAAUCAAUUCAUCAAGGAGUGAGGUUUACUUGUGGACAAUGUGACAAAAAAUUUACAAAACAGAGUACAUUAAAUGAUCAUGUUAAAGUUGUCCAUGAAGGAUUUAAAUUUGCCUGUCAGCUCUGUGAGAAAUCAUUUUCAACAAAGAAGUAUCUUAGAAAACACGUGAAAACUAAUCAUGAGAGAGAAGAAUCUUAAUUGGACCAAACGGAAGAUGUCGUUUGAGAAAACUCAUUAAUAGUGAAUUCUUUCUACAUUUCGCGAUUUUUUAGUCAUAAGUUGUCUAAAAAUUUAUUUAAUGUUUGUGAUAAUCAAGUCUUUUUUUACCAUAUUCCAAAUGUAAUGAUCAAAAAUUACUACUGAUAUAUGAAGCUUUGAAUUUUACCAACUUCAUUACUACUAUUUGAAAAUGAGAAUGAAUGAUUUGAUCUAGAACAACAAUGAUAGCUUCACAAUUAGACUGUCAAGCUGAGAGGACGCAAUACUACGAAAAGCAUCCAUUUGAUGAGCUAUAAAUCAUUUGAAUCAUUUUAAGUUUCUUAUUAUUAUCAUCAUCAUCAUUUAUUGUUUGUUACCUUACUACUCUGAAAUCAAAUGCUGUUUAAUAAACGAAUAUACUAAACUAACUGAUAUAUUGGAAUUGAUAACAUGCACAUAGGAUUUAUCCCCGAAUCUCCAAUCAAAUAGAUAUUUUGUUUAUUAUUUAUUUUUUUAUUUAUAUAUUUAUCAUCAUUGUACAAAUAAAGUGAUUGUUUAAAACAAUUAGAUCCUUUAAUAAAUUUUGAUUAUGCG